CCUCAGUUCUGGUGUCUGUUCUUUGUGUGGUCAUUCCUUUUCUGCUUCUAGCCAACGACACACGGCCAUGCAUUUCCAAUCGAUCACCCUAGCCCUCCUUGCGUGCUCGAGCACGGCUUUUGCAGCUCCUACUGCAUCCCAGCCCUACUCAACGUGGAUGGCAACCUCCUUCCAAUCCAAGUCCCAGUCUAAGAUAGACCGCCAUUACGUCGCCAAUGUCUUGUACGAAGGCAUCCAAAAGGCGGCAACGCUCCACCAAAACGCCUCGUUACUCUCGUACGCUUCGAAAGCGAUUUCCUCACUCGUUGUAGCUAACGGAACGUUGCUUGGAUGGGAUCCAUACUACUACUCCCUCGAUGACAUAAGAGUUGGAAACAAUAUCUUGUACUUCUGGGACUCAGAGGGAAGGAAGGAGAAGAAGUACGAGAUUGCGGCCACGGCGCUCCGGAAGCAGCUUGAUCGAUAUCCCAGGACGCCGAGCGGAGGCUUCUGGCACCGUGACCCGCAGUACAAGAACCAAAUGUGGCUCGACGGGAUCUACAUGGCCGAGACCUUCUACGCCACCUACACUUCGUACUUCCAGCCCGAUAAUACGACCGCCUGGGAGGAUAUCGCGCGCCAAUUUGAUCUCAUCGAGGAGCACUGUCGAAACAAGACAUCCAACCUGCUGGUCCAUGGAUACGACGAGAGCAAGAUGGCAGUUUGGGCUGAUCCGGUAACGGGCGCGUCGCCACAUGUGUGGGAUCGCGCUGUUGGCUGGUAUUUCAUGGCCUUGGUAGAAGUGCUACAAGUGUAUCCGAAGGACUUACUCGGCUACGGACGCUUGCAAGGCUAUGCCACAACACUCGCUGAGGGUCUGAAGAAAGCGCAAGACAAGACCGGUGGAUGGUGGCUCGUGAUGGACGAGCCGUAUCCUGGGAUGAAGGGGAAUUAUAUCGAAUCAAGUGCAACGGCUAUGUUCACCUAUGCGUACCUGAAGGGAGUAAGGACGGGGCUAUUGGAGGAAGGGUAUAGAGAUACGGCGAAGAAGGCGUACGAUUUGAUGCUGGACAAGUUUGUGAAGCAUGAGAAGAAUGGUACGCUUAGCUGGGAAGGAACAGUUGAGGUUGGAAGCUUGAGUGGUAACGGCAGCUAUGAGUAUUAUAUCGGCGUGCCGUUGAGCGAAAAUGAUGGAAAGGAGCUCUCCAACACCCCCACCAUGUCCUCCGUCGCCUCCUCCGCAGCGCCCAGCGCAACCGGCUCGACCUGCUCCACCGCCGACUUCACCCAAUUCCCAACUACCGACGUAGCGUGCGCCGUGGGCGGCACCAGCGGCGUCCCUCAAAACUACUCUGAUAUCCUCAAAGACUGCUGCAAGACCGCGCCGGUCGAAUCCUUCGCCGAUAACUGCGCCCUCUACUGCCUCUCCGUCGACCAGUCCGUCGCCGAUCUUCAGAAAUGCUUCCAGGACGGUGGAGUCAAUGCGGCGAUGAUCUUCUGUAGCGGGAAUAAUACGGCUACGGCGACCGGAACGCCGGAUAGCACGAGCAAUCCUACGGCGUCGGGAACGCAGGCUGGGAGCACGUCGGCGCAGUCUACGGGUGCGGCGCCGGCAGUGGUUCCUACCCAGGGAGUGUCGAAGGCAGGAUUGGGGAUGCUGGUCAUGGUCGUUGUGUCUGCUGCUUUCGGGGUUAUGCUGUGAGGGGGUGAAUAACGUCUGAGGGUUGGGGAAGGUUAUGUGCCGUGAACACGGAAGCAGCAGGGAGUCCUGGGUUAUACGGCUAAUCAUUGCACGGUAUGGGAGAAUUGGCGUGGUCUUUGAGGCUGUGACCAACAUCAAGAAUGAAUACGAAUCAUAAUAUACACCCCGUUCUUUGGAUGACAUGUUAUGGGUUACAUCUGGCAAGGACAGCUCGUGUCUGAACCUGAAGUAACACGUUGUCGCGACCGAUUGGAUACCUGCUACCCCUCUGUCGCCCGGCGGCCUCCUGUUGUGCUGUAGACAGCCUUUUGAGGUGUUUCCGCGAGUACUUAUCGAUCAAGGCAUCAAGGAAAUCCGUGUGUUCCCAUGGUCUGUACCCC